AAAAGCCAACCUAGCAUUGCGCUUGAGACUGUGCACGCGGCCAUCGUGAUCAGGAGGAGGCGCACCUCUUGAUUCAUCACAGGACCCCGAACCUGUUACUACAUCACGAGACAGACCGGUUAUACCUUUACUUGAAGUAUAUUCAAGCUCCCUUGCAAUCAUGGCGUCCUAUCUGCAAGCCUACUUCCAAGCAUCCUCCAUGCCGAAGCGCCUUCUUCAAUAUGCGCUUUCGAAGCUUGAGAUCCUCGACACUGAUGCGUUGGGCUUGGAUAACUUGGACAUUGCAUUGGGGAGAAAUUCCACUUUCGAAUUCCGGGAUGUUGGUUUACGCUUGAAGAAACUACAGACGUUACUCCAACUACCCCCUACAAUAGAAGUCCUCAAAGCCCGAGUCUUACUGCUCCGGGUCACUAUUCCAGUCGACCUCUAUAGUAGUGCAAUACUAGUUGAAGUGGAAGGGGUGGAGACCCAGCUACGAGUCACAUCUCCAACAGAAACGAAUCGGACAGACCACGAUCGGAAACGAAAACGUCCUGCCUCGAAGAAUGCCUCAAGCUCAAGUACGCAUACAAGGUCUGACCGUACACGCGAACAUGAUUCUUUGGAAGAGCAUGAGCAAGGAACGACCAUCCCAUCUGCCGUUGACUUGGCACAGUCCUUCCUACAAACAGAACCAGAGGAAGAAAAGGCCGACUUAGAAGCUGCACUCUUGUCCGAAACGCAGGACUUCGGAACAAAUUCAGUCCUGAGCGAGGAUGGAGACAUUCCAGUAGGAACAGGUGCUGCCUUAUCUCUACCCACCUUUAUGGGCAGAUUCCUGCAGGGUAUGCUGGAUCGAUUACAAGUUCGAAUCCAAGGCGUUAUUUUCAACUUGGAUAUUGAUCUCCCAAAUGAAGCUUCAAGACUUUCGUCAGCAAAUCCUCCCGAUCCUGUCACAAUCUCUCUCAAGGUUGACGAUAUCGACAUCCAGGGCGUCACAGUUGAACUGGAGAACGAAUCCGCGGCUGGGGUCCGAACUCAAAAGCCUCCAUAUAAAAGGGGGAAGAAACUGAUUAGUCUUUCGCAAAUCCGGGGUACAUUGAUAUCGGAAGCUGCUUUCUUUACCAGCCUAUCAAGAUCAUCUGCUCUCUCUUCCCCACUGGCUGCGUACUCAGAAGCAUCCGAAGGACGACGUCCAGCUUCCAAAGCUAUUCCUAGCACAAGAAGCAGUAUGAUGCAAACAUCUGAAAGGGGCUCGUCGCCCGAUAGCUCUUCUGACAUAUCAUCAAGUCGCCUCUCAAUAGCUUCUCCCCACAAGAGUGUUCUCGGAUCCGACUCUCUGCGGGCCUCAACUAUUGCUAGUGAUAAUGGUCGAUUUGACGACGCUCCAGAAGACGACUCAACUUCUAAUAUCUCAGCUAGCGCUCACGAAGCCUUGAAUGAGAUGAGUGACAGUGUUUUUGAAGAUUCAGCCUAUCUUGACCAAGUCACCGAGAGCCAGUACCUCGACGACGAGAACGGGAAUGGAGAAUCUGGCCUCUUGUCAACUUCUCGUAACCUCCAGAAUAGCAUCCAACCAUCAUCACCUUAUUCCACCCCACGAGCAUCUAUACAUAUACCGGUGAUGCCCCAGACGUUUAAUCUACCAACCACAACUGUCUUUGACGAGUCCCCAACUAGUCCAGUCUUGCAAUCAACCAUAUUGCCAAACAGAACCCGCCCAAGAUUUUCAGAGAAGAGAAUCUCUCAGUCGCAGCCCACUCUUCCUGCUGGUCUGAAUCCACCUCCCACUGGCGCUCAACGCUUAUCCCAAAGUCCCAACCUAGGUGAUGCAUCAGCGAGCGCUGGCAGAGACCUCGAGACUGCAUCCACGCCUCCCGGUGAAGAAGAUCUUACGCAAUCACAGUUAUUUAGCCAUGAGGAUGCAGAGAGUAUGUACAUGAGCGCUGUCUCGCACACUUCUUCAGUUUCCAAAUUGCCCGGCGGUUGGUCAAAUUCAAAUAGCGGAAGUGAAGGCUCAAGAUCACCACCAGAAAGCCCGAGAGUCGUCGGCCAUGGGGAACCGCUGGAUAACCUGGAGCAUGCCCGACAUAUAGUCCCAGAACAAUCUGAACUAGCCCUCGAGAAUCUACGACAGAGCUCUACGAUCGACGCUGAAAAUCCCGCUACGCCUCGACGCCUUUCGUUUUCGACACCUACAGUCGCUGACAGUCACCAAAUUCCAGCUAUACCUCAAGGCUCUAGCGAUUCCUCUGAACGAUCUGCUACUUCUUCGGAUGACUACUCUCGCUUGAGUAAACAGUUUUUUACUAUUGAUCGGGUUGAUAUCUACGCACCCUCAGCACUCCCUACUUCUUCUCCUAGCGAAUCAGAUCAUGCCGCUCCUAGUUCCAUGUCUUAUAGUACAUACAGCGUCCAGAGUUCAGUCUCACAGUCGACAUCUGCAAAUGUGCCAGGAGCAUUUUCUACCCAUCUCCCGACUCAAAGGCCAGCAACAAGGCAGAGCGUACCAGUACCCGAGCCAGCCGCUGUUGGCCAGGAGGAAGAAGCAAAAGAUACUUCCACCGAAGUAAUGAUAGGAAAUGUAGUGGCCCAGUUCGAUAUAUCGGUUGGGAGACUUAUGUUCAAACUUACCCAGCAACUCAAGGAAGCCAUGAAGCCUACCUCGGCAAAUCGUACUUCGAACGGGCCAGCUCCUCCAGAAAAGUCUUUCAAGUUUUCCGUUCAAGACAUUUCUAUUCUGUUUCUUGAGAGGCUUGAAGGUACAUUGGGUUCUCGUGGUCCUGCAGCAUCGCCAUCACUUGCAGAUGUAUUGUUGCGAACAACUUUUAGUGGUCUGCAGGUUAAGUCUCAUAUCACAGCCUCAACUACGACUACGUCGAUAACCCUUGAGAAAUUCGUCUUUGGCUACGCGAGAGAAAAUAUCAUCUCCUUUGAUGCCAGUCUUCAAAUGCGAAAUUCCGUCCGGGAUUUGAAGGCCUCAGACGGUAUCGAUAUAUCCGUAAAUAUAAUGCAAACAACAGAAAUUACACGGUGCGAGGUUGUGACACUACCACUUCACGUAUCCAUAGACCUUCAGAAGCUUGAUGAGACUUUCAGCUGGUUCGGAGGUCUGAGCAGCGUACUGAAUCUGGGCAGUUCCAUGGCCUCCAAUGCAACGAUCACUGCAAGCCCUGGCAAACCUAAACCCCGAGGAGUCCGGUUCGAGGCGCCAAUUCGACCAGACGACAAAUCUGUAGCCAAUCAGAACAAGGCAGAUGUACGAAUUGGAGGAUUUAUACUAGAUUUAGUGGGUGCUGAAUGCAGCAUUGGGAUAGAAACGUCGGCCGUGAAAGUGGUCAGUCGAGACGAAGGUGUUGGACUUUCUAUUCAGAAGACCCGUCUGUCUGGUCCACAUCUGAAGCACUCAAACGACGAGCCGCCCAUCAGUGUGGAUAUCACAUCUACUCGUAUUGAGUAUCUGAUGUCCCCCAAGGAUGCUGACUUAGAUCGACUCCUUGCCCUCAUCACCCCAUCCAAAGCCAAGUAUGACCAGGAUGAUGACAUUCUGCUUGAUACCCUGUUACGACAACGUAAGCAGGGUGCUGUAUUGAGGCUUACCGUGGACGAUGUUCAAACCAGGGUCGGCAGAUUACACGAACUGAAUCAUCUGCCGGAAUUGGGAGAAGAGGUUUCAAGACUAGCAACUGUUGCGAAGUAUCUACCGGACGACGAACGACCUGGACUGUUGUCGUUGGUCACGCUGCGAAAGUUUGAAGCACAUGUCGACUUUGAGAACGAUCUAGGGACGGUUCAGCUCUCGUCAUCAGAUAUAGAAGUCGCUCAAAUCACCUUACCAGCACUCGUCGCCCUCAGCAUUGGUAACAUAUCAGCACGUCGCAACACUACUGAGCUUCUACUUGGUAUUGCAACAGAUCCGGAAUUGCGAGAGCCAAGUUUGAGAUCUCCAAUGCUCAUGGCAAGAAUGAUUGGUGAUGAGAUGGAGCCAGUAGUAAGAGUCAAAGUGUGGAAUCUGAAAGUUGAGUACAGAGUACCGACCUUGAUGGUUCUGCUUGGGCUAGCGGACGAUGCUACUUCUCAGGAUAUAUCAGCGAGUCUGGCUGGAUCAGUUGCUACAUUGACAGACCUCGUCCGACCCAAGUCUAAGCAGAUGAGGCAAGACAUUCCUGGCGGAACUGUGAGCUCUACGUCGAAGCCUAUGACAGUAGAUAUUGUCAUUCGCGACUGCAUCAUUGGUCUCAAUCCUCUAGGAUUGCCAUCGAAAGUACUUGUCGUGAUGACGGAAGCGCAUCUGAACGCACUUCUUCCUAAGGAUGGAAACGCAAACCUUUCAACAGACCUGGGUAAGGCAUCUGUGCUCGUGAUUGACAACGUCGCGAAUCUUAUUACUGCCGACACCAACAUCAGGUCUCGCCGAACCUCUUUUGACGGAGGCAGCACACAGGUAGCUGAUCUCUGCGCAACGGGAUACGUUUCUGUCAGCUACAUAUCGUCAGCGAAAGCCAUCGUGCAAAUCCUCACGAGCGAGGAAGGCGAAAGAUCCAUCGACGUUGAGCUUCGAGAUGACCUCUUUGUUCUCGAAUCUUGCGCCGACUCCACUCAAACUCUUAUUGCCGUCAUGAAUGGGCUCUCACCUCCAACUCCUCCAAAUAAGGCGAUGAAAUACCGUACGAAGGUUAUUCCAGUACAUGAUUUGCUUGCAUCAUUGUCAGGAGAUGCUUUUGGUACUGCAGAGGGAGAGUACAAUUUCGACGAUGAUUUCGGAAUUGGAGACGGCCUGGAAGGAGAACUUUUGGGUGACGAAACGGAUGAUCUCGAUUUCGACUCAGACUACUACCAGAACGAGAGAGACGAUCAGUAUGGCGAGGUGGGAUCAUCAAGCUCAACUAAGUUGACUUCUCGCGAUACUCCAGAAGGAGUUCUACUAGAGAGUUUUGUGGAACCACGACAAGAACCAGAGAAUGAAGAGCUGGAGUUUCAGGAAGAUCAUUUCGGCACUGGAUCGAUUUUGGAAGGCACAGCUCACAGGUGGAACUCGGCCAAGAACACCUAUGACAGGUCGAACAUCUCCAAAAUUCGCAGAAGCCCCCUAAAAGUCUGUAUCCGUGACGUCCAUAUCAUCUGGAACCUAUUUGAUGGCUACGACUGGCAACACACUCGCGACACUAUAUCUAAAGCUGUGCAAGAUGUCGAGUCGAAAGCAAUAGAGAAACGAGCUCGGAGCGAACGACGACCUACCUUCGAGCAAGACGUUGACGACGAAGAGACCGUUAUUGGCGAUUUUCUUUUCAACUCGAUCUACAUUGGUAUCCCCGCAAAUCGUGACCCGCGCGAACUUGCUGCUGCAAUCAAUCAGGAGUUGAACGAUAAUGCGACAGAAACCGAAUCCAUUGCAACUACAGCGGUAUCUACUUCUCCAAGUCGACAAGGCAGUGGACGCAAAUCUAGAACCAAAAAGUUACGCUUACAUAGAAGUAAACACCACAAGAUUACCUUCGAGCUCCGAGGAGUUAAUGUAGAUCUUGUGGCAUUUCCUCCAGGUAGUGGCGAGACACAGAGCUCGGUUGACAUUCGGGUCCGAGAUUUCGAGAUCUUUGAUCAUGUUCCGACCUCAACUUGGAGGAAAUUUGCCACAUACAUGCAAGAUGCCGGGGAAAGGGAGACAGGUACUAGCAUGAUUCACAUUGAAAUUCUCAAUGUGAAACCAAUACCCGAUCUAGCGGCGUCUGAGAUCGUUCUCAAGGCGACUGUCCUUCCUCUUCGACUUCAUGUCGACCAAGAUGCCCUCGAUUUCAUCACACGGUUCUUCGAGUUCAAAGAUGAUUCAACGCCGAAAGAACCAUCUCCAGGUGAUGUGCCAUUCCUUCAGAGAGUCGAAGUGAACUCUGUCCAAGUCAAGUUAGACUUCAAGCCUAAACGCGUCGAUUAUGCCGGUCUGAGGUCAGGCCACACGACAGAAUUCAUGAACUUUCUGAUUCUAGAUGAGGCGGACAUGGUUUUGCGACACACAAUCAUCUAUGGUAUAUCUGGUUUCGACAAGCUUGGAAAAUGUCUGAACGACAUCUGGAUGCCUGACAUCAAGAGGAAUCAGCUUCCUGGAAUUCUUGCUGGAUUGGCACCAGUAAGGUCGAUUGUGAACGUUGGCGAAGGUUUCCGACAUCUCUUCGUCGUUCCAAUGCGAGAGUAUAAGAAAGACGGCCGCGUAGUGAGAGGGAUUUCGAAAGGUGCAGCAGCUUUUGCUAGGACGACGGGGACCGAGCUUGUCAAAUUGGGCGCAAAGGUUGCAAUCGGUGUUCAGACCGUUUUACAGGGUGCUGAAGACUUCCUUGGUCCUGCUGUAGAGAAGACUGGUAUUGAUGACGAUGAAUCCGACGAGGAGAGCAAGCAGAUCAGUUUGUAUGCCAACCAACCUGUUGGUGUGUUGCAAGGUCUUCGAGGGGGGUAUAACGGACUACAAAGAGAUCUCGUUCUUGCACGGGAUGCAAUCAUUGCAGUACCUGGGGAAGUAAUGGAGAGCGGGAACGCAGCAGGCAUGCUGAGAGCGGUGCGAAAGCAUGCACCGACUGUAAUAUUAAGACCUGCAAUAGGGGUCGCAAAGGCAGGAGGCCAGAUAUUGAUGGGCGCCACUAAUGCUUUGGACCCUGUGAAUCUACAGAGAGCUGAUGCUAAAUAUAAGAAGCAUUGACGACGUUAUGAGAUUUUUCGGGCAUAGGUAGCGAGCCAACAUACGGAGCAUAUUACGGCAUAUUUUUGGGGCGUUGGAUUUUGUGCAUAGGAGGCUUCGUGAUUCCCACUGAGCGAUUUGUUAAGAUAACCACCGAAAUUGAAAUCAAGGUUCUACACUUCAAAUGCUCAAUCUAUAGUGUUGCCUAA